AUGUCGACGACAGCAGGAAACGAUCCGCUCACAGCAGGCCUGAGCGCCGUACCCGUACAACACGAAGACAAGAGCAAAGUGUCUCUGAGAUUUGCCGAUGUUGCUGGUCUUUGCUACGCCACCGUAGGAGUCCACCCAUGUUCCGCCAUGACCUUCGAAAAGUACGAGCAAGGCCCCGAUGCAUUACUAUCCGCUCUCCGCGACCUCGCCCUCAAGACCAAGACUGCCGGAACCGCAGCAGCGUACGGCGAGUUUGGUCUGGACUACGACCGACUGCACUACGCCGACAAGGACACCCAGAUCAAGUACUUCCGCAAGCAACUCGACAUCGCCGUCGAAGUGCAACUUCCCUUGUUCCUACACUCGCGUGCAGCAGCAGAAGACUUCGAAGCAAUUUUGAAAGAGAGGCUUGACGAGCUGCCGAAAAGAGGAUGCGUACACAGUUUCACAGGAACACUGGACGAGAUGAAGAACAUUGUGGACAUGGGCUUCGAUGUCGGAAUCAACGGGUGCAGUCUGAAGACGGAGGAAAACGUCCAGGUGGUCAGGGAAGUCCCACUGAAACGACUACAGAUCGAGACCGAUGGCCCCUGGUGCGAGAUGCGACCCUCGCAUGCUUCAGCCAAGUACCUCAAGGAUGCACCCCAGUUGCCCAAAGCUGUCAAGAAAGAGAAAUGGACCGUCGACAACAUGGUCAAGGGCAGGAACGAACCAUGCACUAUCCCUAACGUGGCUUAUGCGAUUGCCAACAUCAAGGGCAUCUCGGUCGAGGAGGUAUGCGAAGCUGCAUGGAACAACUCGAUCAAGAUGUUUGGACUUGGCGAGAAAUAG